CGCGCUCCCGGCCCCGUGCGGCCACCCCCCGAGCCCCUGGCCGCCCUCCCGGGGGUCCCGGGCACCGUGGUCGGCGCGAUCCGGCGACGCGGGAGGGGCCCGGGGCUGGCCUUACGGAGUGACGCAGCCGUUGCCAGGGGCCGCCUUAUAAAUAACCGGGCUCGGGAGAAACUUUAGCGAGUCAGAGCCGCGCACGGGACCGGGAAGGGGGACCCAUCCGAGGGUCCAGCCGCCAACCCCCGCACCAACAGCGGCCACCCGGCAGCAGCGGCAGCGGCGGGGACAGCAGCAGCAGCAGCAGCGACAGCGGCAGGGACCCAGCGGCGACAGCCCGGAGCCGGGAGGCCGCGCCACCUGCGGGCCGGCCGGAGCGGGCAGCUCCAGGCCCCCCUGCCCGGGCACCCGCGUUCAUGCAACGCCUGGUGGCCUGGGACCCAGCAUGUCUCCCGCUGCCGCCGCCGCCUGCCUUUAAAUCCAUGGAAGUGGCCAACUUCUACUACGAGGCGGACUGCUUGGCUGCUGCGUACGGCGGCAAGGCGGCCCCCGCGGCGCCCCCCGCGGCCAGAGCCGGGCCGCGCCCCCCCGCCGGCGAGCUGGGCAGCAUCGGCGACCACGAGCGCGCCAUCGACUUCAGCCCGUACCUGGAGCCGCUGGGCGCGCCGCAGGCCCAGGCGCCGGCCACGGCCACGGACACCUUCGAGGCGGCUCCGCCCGCGCCCGCCCCCGCGCCCGCCUCCUCCGGGCAGCACCACGAUUUCCUCUCCGACCUCUUCUCCGACGACUACGGGGGCAAGAACUGCAAGAAGGCGGCCGAGUACGGCUACGUGAGCCUGGGGCGCCUGGGGGCCGCCAAGGGCGCGCUGCACCCCGGCUGCUUCGCGCCCCUGCACCCGCCGCCGCCACCGCCGCCGCCGCCGCCGCCGCCCGCCGAGCUCAAGGCGGAGCCGGGCUUCGAGCCCGCGGACUGCAAGCGGAAGGAGGAGGCCGGGGCGCCGGGCGGCGGUGCCGCAGGCAUGGCGGCGGGCUUCCCGUACGCGUUGCGCGCCUACCUCGGCUACCAAGCGGUGCCGAGCGGCAGCAGCGGGAGCCUCUCCACGUCCUCGUCGUCCAGCCCGCCUGGCACGCCGAGCCCCGCCGACGCCAAGGCGGCCCCGGCCGCCUGCUACCCGGGGACCGCGCCAGCGCCCGCGCAAGUCAAGAGCAAGGCCAAGAAGACAGUGGACAAGCACAGCGACGAGUACAAGAUCCGGCGCGAGCGCAACAACAUCGCCGUGCGCAAGAGCCGCGACAAGGCCAAGAUGCGCAACCUGGAGACGCAGCACAAGGUCCUGGAGCUCACGGCCGAGAACGAGCGGCUGCAGAAGAAGGUGGAGCAGCUGUCGCGCGAGCUCAGCACCCUGCGGAACUUGUUCAAGCAGCUGCCCGAGCCCCUGCUCGCCUCCUCCGGCCACUGCUAGCGCGGCCCCGCGCGCGGCCCCUGCCGGCCGUCAGAACUUGGGCGCCGGGGCACUUGGCAGCGCGGGGAGCCCGUCGGUAAUUUUAAUAUUUUAUUCUAUAUAU